ACGGAGCCAAAUGAGCCGACUCUGCUCACCGAAAAGACUCGGAAUGCCCAUCACUAGUGGCAAGUGCACUAAACUCAUCUCAAAACAAACCUCAGAGGAAUUCAAAAUGACUCAAUUCAUAGACACAAAGAUGUGGGCUUUGUGCAAGAAAGGAAAGGUUGACAGCCGAGAUGGCCUGGUCCAAAUCAGAAAAAGAGACUUGGAGAGAUUGACUACAGAGGUCAUGCAGCUCCGAGAGUUCUUACCCAAAGUAGUGAAUGGAGACCUGAUUGAGAUGCUGCAGAAAGCCCGUGCUGCAGAGACAAUGAAGGAGCGCCUUGGUCAGGAGCAGGAGCAACUGAGACAGGAGUGUCUGCACCUCCGCUCUCGCCUGGACGCAGCACAGAGCGAGUGUCAGAAAGAGAGAGAGGAGAAGCUGGUUCUGAGGGAGCAGCUAUGGGAGAGUCGGGAGCAGCUGCAGCAGCAGGCUGAGUUCUGUACUGGGCUGGGGGCUGCCUCCUGCACCCUGCUGUGGAGCACCUCCAGCAAGGAGGAGGCAGUCAAAGACAUCCUGGCCGAUGGUAAGCUGCAGUCCUUCCUGAGCGUGGCGGGCCAGACCCUGGAGAGCUUUGUCAAGUCUCUGGAUGGGGAGGCCAAGGCCGAGCAGCAAGACUCCAACUCCCAUGAGCAGCAGUUUGUUCUGGCGCUGGCCGGAGUCGUCACCAACGUGGCGGCGGUGACGUGUGGGCGGGACUACCUGUCCAGCUCCGCCCACGUCCUCCUGGAGACUCUGAUGCAGCUGCUGGAGCUCCUGAAGCCUGGGGUCUUCCCCAAACUCAAAGUGUUGAUGCUGAUGGCUCUGUAUAAUGUCAGUAUCAGUGUAAAGGGACUGAAGUAUAUCAGGGAGUUUCCAGGACUUCUCUCUCUCAUCUGGACCCUUUUGGAAGACGGGGACUCUGAGGUUUGCCUCCACGCCCUGCGGCUGCUCCAGUCAGUGCUGCUGGAGGAGGCCCUGGUGGGGCCCGGGCUGCUGCUGGACGACCCCCUUCUUCCACUGGAGCGCAUACGCACGCUGGCCACCUCCAGCCGCCACCCGGCCCUGAGGCAGACGGCCCAGGAGACACUGGAUGACCUGGGCUCCCUCCGCACCUCCUUCCUGGACCCCCACGGCACCUCCUCCUCUGACCAAGUACAUGUAUAAAUACAUCCAACCCAAAGUGAAACACACAGCACUAGCGACACAUCCCACUCACGUGAUGAUGAUGAUGCUUUCCUACUGUAGAGUAAACGUUUCUCUGAUUAGAGAGAGCUCUACUGAGGAGAGCUCCCAUGAUGCACUGUGGAAGAGGUUGGUGCCAUCGUGUUCCUUUCUCGUUUUCCCCCGGGUCCAGGGACUUAGUCAGGUUGGUUCCUAUCCCACCACAGCAGAUGUUCCGGACCAGUAGAACCCCAUAACUGUACAUAAGGGCUCCAUAACACAUUCAUAAGCCAUACAUAGAACAUACAUUAGAACUACAAAAUUGUGUAUGUCAAAUUUAAAACGUGUUGACAUGGUCCAAAGCAAGGAUGACUUCUGCUUGCCAUAUGUUACAGAGAAGCCGUCUGUUUGUUUAAAAUCUGUAUCUACUGUUGUCAGGUGAGUUGGAUCUGUUUCUACCUGUUAGCCUGUUGACCUAAUACCAGCUAAUACCAUAUCAGACCCAUGGCCUUAUUUCAUUAGGUCAAAUACCUUGAGGUCAAGUAACAAUGGAGGAUGUUUUAUUUUAGUGUGUUGUUUUCUACCAUUGUUACAGACAAUAAAAUGUUAUUCAACACUUU